UGUAUAUAAGCUUUUCCCUAAGCGUUUUGUUUUAAUUCAAUUUAGAUUUUACAAAGUGCCAGGCCCUUAGUCAAGUAAGAUCUGUGGCGCGGAAAGCAUUGAAAUCCAACUUCUUUGCAUUCAGGUUUACGAGGAAGAAACCAUGAACGUGAAAUCCUCUGCUAAGUCUAAGAGGGCUCACUCGCUACAUGGCCGAAGAACCCAUAACCCUUCUCCUAAGCCUUCCCCUUCCACCAAAAAACAAUCAGACCAAACCCUAACGCGCCAUGAUUCUCGCCUUCCUUCUAACUGGGAUCGAUACGAUGAUAUCGACUUCAGUGGCGCUCAACCUGAGGACCCUAACCAGGAGAAUGUUAAUGUUGGCCCUAAAAGCAAAGGGGCUGACUAUGCUUACCUGCUUUCUCUUGCCAAAUCCGAAUCGCUUUCUUUGCUCUCCUUCGAUUCGGUCAUUCCAGACCUUAUACAGGGAGCUGGUCCUAUGCUUUCUUUCAAGGGAAAAAGCCUCUUAUCAUGGAAUAGCUAUGAUAACUUCAUUGUGGAUGACGAGGAGCAUUUGAACCAGGAGGCAUCAUUUCUAUCUAUUGAUCUUCACAAGCUUGCAACAAAGCUUGCAAAUAUAAAUCUUUCAAAAAGGAUCUUCAUUGAAGAAGACCUACUCCCUGAAGAACUGUGCGGGACUGAGAGGCAAGGAAGUACCACUCUGGGCAUUGAGCAUGUUAAGAGAGCUCUUGGAAAGGAUGGGGGAAACGUUGGGUCUUCAGUAAUGUUUCAAGGGAACUCGGAUUUGGGGACUAAGAAACAUAGUCAAAAUCAUCAGGAUUUGGUUACUUCAAUAAGUGAAGAUUAUUUAGAGAACUAUUCCCAACCAACAUUUUCUGGGAUUGAUGUGGCAGUUGAUCAUUUUCUUAGAGGUUCUGAACUUCCGCAAGAACCCAAACCAAAUAAAACUCAAGAAGAGCAGACACCACGCGGGGUUGCUCUAGAUGGGACAAACUCUGGCAAAAAUAAGGGUUUUGAAGCUGCGGCAGCUGAAGUCGAACUUGAUUUCCUUCUUGAUACAUUUGGUGAGACAAGACGUCUCGACAAUUUUAGCAUAGCAGAGGACCCUAAGUUGGCAAUCGGAGCUUCCACGUCAUUCAGUAAAAACCCGUUGGAUUCUUUUGGUGCAGGGCCUUCAAGAACUACGAAAGGUUAUACUAGUUUGCAAGCUCCCACUACUGUGAUUGGCGCAAAAGCUGGAAUUGCAAACCCUCUUAACAAUAAUAAGGAUUUCAGUCCUUCAGACAUGGAAGGUUCUAAGGUCUUGGAUGAUUUUGAUGCAUGGUUAGAUUCUAUGUAAUCAAAAUUUAUCUUUUUAAAUGUAAUUUGAGUUUUCAUGUGUAGGCAUUCAGGCUGAACUGAUUUGAAUGGCUGAUUGAAUGCAUAUGAUAUUUAUCUUUGUUUUUGUCGUUAAA